CAAGACUUUUGUGUUGCUGUUAACAGUUCCACUCAGGCUGUAUUUGUGAAUGGAAAGUUUUGCAAGGACCCAAAGCUUGUCAAUGCUAGUGAUUUCUUCUUUCAAGGACUAAACAUUCCCAGAAACACUACAAAUCAACUUGGGUCGAAUGUCACUCUUUUGACUGUGGACGACAUAUUUGGCCUCAAUACACUGGGUAUGUCCAUAGCUCGCUUAGACUUUGCACCGUACGGCCUAAAUCAACCCCAUAUUCAUCCUCGUGCCUCAGAGAUUUUAGUAGUCUUACAGGGUACUUUGUACGUUGGCUUUGUCACAUCGGAUAACCGCCUCAUCACCAAGACUCUAAACGCAGGAGACCUCUUCGUCUUCCCAAUUGGUCUCAUUCACUUCCAGCUUAAUGUAAGAGCGACCAAUGCUGUUGCUUUUGCCAGUCUUGGUAGCCAAAAUCCUGGGCGCACCAACAUAGCAGAGAAUGUCUUUGGAGCCAAUCCACCUAUCAAUCCGGAUGUUCUCACCAAGGCCUUCCAAUUGGACAAGAAUGUGGUUGACUCUCUUCAGAAAAAAUUCGCGAGUUAGAGAACUAUAUGUAGUAGCCACAAUGAAUCGUUAGAUUUGGUUUGAAUAGAGUUCUCCCUGUUUAAUUUAGCUCACAUGUUGUAAUGUCAUAACAAU